ACUGAUAGGUUACCAUAUCUUAUUCUGAAAGGUCUGGGGUUGACACUGUGUCUGUACCCCAUAUAUAUCUGUCUGUAUAUAUAUUUAAACACAGAGCACAGAAGGCUAAUAUAAUAAGAAUCUGAGAAAGUGUAUUUCUGCCUCUGAGUAAUGUCAUAACGCUUCAGUAAUGCAUUCGCUCACAACCCGUUGCUUUCCCAUGAGGACAUUAGAAAGGACCGUCUGCUGGAAGUUGAGUCUGAUCAUAUUUUUCACGGCAUUUCUUUUUUUCUUGGAUGUGUUCGCAACUCAUAGCAGUUUGUGUAUUGCUGUGGAUGAUAUCAGGCAUCUAGAUUUCAACCAGGAGUCUCAAGAAAACGUGUCACAUAAAAUCUGGCCAGUUAACAUCAGCAGUGAAGAUACACAAAAUUCAACAUCUUGUUUGGAUGCCCAUAUCAUGGCCUAUGGACAGACCAUGUUCAUGAUAGGACUUUUGAUUGGAUCGGCAUUUUCUGGUGUGCUCUCCGACAGAUAUGGUAAAAGAAUCCUUCUCCUGGGUUGCUGCUGUGUCCAGGCAGCUGUGCCGCUGGCGACAGCACUUCUACCUUACUCAACCUUCUACCUCGUUGCCCGGUGCAUCACCGGGAUCACCUGUUGCGGCAUCCACAUGUGCUGCUUUAGUUUGGGGGUGGAGUGGAGUCUUCCUGAUGGUCGGAUUUGGCCACCGACGCUUCUGUCCUUCAGCUUUAGCGUCGGCAUGAUGUGCUUGGCUGCCGUGGCAUAUGUUGUGCGAGGAUGGAUGCAGUUCCACCUCAUGCUGGCCUUUCCGCAGAUUAUCUGCCUUCCACUUUACUUUUCCAUACCAGAAUCCCCCAGAUGGCUGCUAUUGAACAAAGGAGCAGAUGUGAUUAAUGUGUAUCGUGCCAGAAGCCCCGAGGACAAUAAAUGGCUGGACCAGCUGUUAGAUUCCUUGGAGAGUGAGAUUGGGAGAGGCAAGAAGAGUCAGGAUGACCCAGACUUCCACAUUGCACAGUUCAGAUCUCCCACUAUCGUACUGCGACUACUGGUCAUGGGGUUUAUUGGGCUGGCCUCGGCGCUUACCUACUACGGCAUCUCCUACAGCGUGGGGCACUUUGGGGUAAAUAUCUACCUGGCGCAGUUCUUCUCAGGGCUUUCCGAGGCGCCCUUGCUGGGGUUGCCCCUGCUGCUGGCCCGAUGUGGACGUAGGCCGUUCACCAUGAUAUCUCUCCUGGUCAGCGGCAUCUCCAGCCUCCUAUCGCUGCUGGUCUCCAGGUUCUGUGACUUGCCUUGGUUGGUGAUGACUCUGGCCCUCAUGGCCAAACUGUGUAUGCAGUCCACAACCUGUGUGUCCCUGCUCUAUGGAAUAGAGCUUUUCCCAACAGUGAUAAGACAGAAAUGUUUUGGGAUGGUGAAUGUGUGCUACCGCAUUGGAAGCAUAGUCAACGCACUCGUGGCACCACGCGGAGAGAUCCCGCUGCCCGCCAUGAUCUGCUACAGCAGCGGGCCCUUCCUGGGCACGGCCCUGUGCCUACUGCUGCCGGAGACCAGUGGCAUCCCACUCCCCGACACUGUGCUGGACUGCGAGAAGCAGCCCCGACUCCAGUUCCAGUGCCUGCCAUGCUCCAGACGCCCCAAUGAUCGGCCAACAGAGGGUGAAGAUACAGACCUAAAUGAAAAGCUGGCUCUGGAGUCCGAGUACAAGAGAGCUGCUCUGUCCAAAGAAACCCUCUAAUUCCCUCUUCUGGGGCCUGGAACGUGCCUGAGGCAGCACAUUUACGCUUUGCUUUUUAUGGGGAUUUUAACGUUUUAUAUCAAGGGACAGUAAGAUGUUUGAGUGUGACUGUCUGACACAAUCUCUUUGCCUGAAUAUCAAUAAGAUUUCACCCUUUCACCCCCAGAUCCUCAAUAGUUGUUUGGUAUUCAUAUGGAACAUAUCUCUGAUGUAAUCAAGUUACUCUCAGAAUGUUUUUGAAAAUGUAAAUAUGAUUUUUUUUAAUGCUGCAUA